UUUUCUUUGAUUGCAGAUUACGUGCGUUGUCUAAAUCUUUUUAAGCAACGUAAACACAACGACAGCCACCCCUAGUCCCCAUUCCCCAUACGGAGGGUAAAGGCAGUUGUCAGAAUACGGGCUUUUUCAAGAAGCACUUUGUUACAAAAAAUUAAGUAAUUAAUGUCACCAGUACCUGAACCUAUGCAGGGUGGUAGAGGGAAUCCAGGAAAUGGAGAUGAAGAAGGAAUUACUCCUCCAACUGGAUUAACAAUGGGCCCACCAUUGUCCUCAAGUGAUGAAGAAACAGAUCAAGUUGACUCUGAAGAUCCAAAUUUCUCAGGUUACCUGCCUCUGCCACAAGAUUUUGAUGAUGAUCAUGAUGAAUCGGCUAUUGACUACAACUCUCUCAGUGGCUUGAUGGCAGCACUGAAUACUCAUGGUCCAAAUGUAAUUGAAGAUGAAGCAGAAGAGAAUGAUAAUUAUAAUGUAGAAGGCAAUGGAGAAAGUACUCAACAAGUCAGUGGUAUGUCCUCUCAAACCGUGGAAUAUGUUGAGCAGAAUUUAAGGCAAAGUAGACAAGAAGAAUCAGCAGAGCAAGCUUCCAUCUGGAAUUCUCCUCAGGAAGAUCGUUUAACUUUGGAUGGUAAUAAGGUUGAAGAAAUUAAAUCAGUCAUGGCCUCUUUCACACUACCUCAGUCAGCCAUCCCACCAUGGGCUCAAAAUAUCUCUGAUGAAGAUUGGAAAAAUCAAAUAGCUGGUAUCUUAUCAAGAAAAGAUUCACAGUGAGGAUAAGGUUGCCAUAGUUAUGCUAGUUUCAAAAAUGAGGGUAUAACUAUGGAGAGUUGAACUGUGCUCUAACAAAAAAAAAAAUGAAAAAAAAAUGAUUGAUUUAAAUUUGUACUUCAUCAGAGUUUUGUAUAGUGUUUACUGGUAUGUAUACAAUGCGACAAGCAGUAUUGUAAAUACCUCUGGGAAUUAUGUGUGACUGGGUGAAAAAUACUAUUGCAAAAUAUUUUUGUUAAAGCGCCUCAGUAGCAUGGUUGGUUUGGUGUUUGCUUCUCACCUCGGUGGUCGCGGGUUUGAUUCCCUGCCAUUCCACCGAGGAGUGAGAGAUGUGUAUUUCUGGUGAUAGAAGUUCACUCUCGACGUGGUUCGGAAGUCACAUAAAGCCGUUGGUCCCGUUGCUGAAUAACCACUGGUUCCAUGCAACGUAAAAACACCAUACAAACAAACAAAAACAAACAAAUAUUUUUGUUAAAGCUUUCUUAUAUUUGACUAACAAAAUAUGGUGCUAUGAGCUCAAGCAUUGAAUUAUUGGUGACUUGAAUUAUUGGUGACAAAAUGUCCUCAAGAUGUUAAGUUUUGUUUUUAACCAUGCUUUGUGGUAAAAUUAACAAAAUGUCUCUUACCUGACAAGUGUACAUUGCUAAUUGUCAGUUACUAACUAUAAAAAAAAAAUGUGCAUUAACAGAAUUCUUUGGAUAGAAAAUGUAUGUUGAGAGUAGAGAAAUCUCAGGCAGAGUUUAGGUUAGGUUUUUUGUGGCGCUUGACUCCGCAUAUCAACCCUUUAUAACCUCAGUGUAGAUCAUGAUUCUAAUUAUAAGUCUCUACUGGACAUGAAGUAUGUACAUUGUGUUAUUGUAUUAAUUCUUGAAAGUCCCCCUUUACACAGUACUGAAGACUUUAUUAACGACAGGGAUGCUUUAUCCAAGUCUGCAUCACUCAUCCAGUCUCAUUGAUCACUAGGAUUUUCUAUUUGUAGCGUGAGAAGGGGAAGGACACCAAAAGAAUCAGGUUGAGUAGGAGGAUGAGAAGGCAUCUUGGUCUUAAGCUGGGUACCAGAGCGUCCAGUCUGAGGAGUCGUUACAUUAAGGAGGUGGAUAGGGUCGAACCUGAGAAGGAGUGGUAAUAAAUAUUUUCUUCUGAAGCUCUGUCUUGAAGGAGGAGUACAGCAGUAUUUGCUUGUGGGAAGUCAGCUGUAAGUUGUGGAUUAUGCUACAGAACUCCUACUUGGUAGCAUAGCAUACAUUGUAUGUUUUAGUUAGGCAUACGUUUAAUCCGCUUUGAAUUGGUUUCAAUUGUUGCAUGAACUUGGGAAGAGACUUAUGAAUCCCCUUCUUCCUAAUUGGGAAAGAGUGCUUGAAGAAGCAAAACUUUUGUGUGGUUUCAUCUUUCACCAUUCUCCAACUGAGCUUUUUCAGUCAUUUCAGUGGCUGAAAUGGCAGAUGUCAGUUAGCUUAUAGACUUUUAUACACAGGUGUUUAUAUAAGGAACAAACAUUUACACAAAGUCUAAUUAUACAGUAAGAGAGGUGAAGCUUGACUUUCAUGCUUGAGGAAGUUCCAUUUAAGAACAAUUUGAAACCAUUUUCAGGUAUCAUAGACUGUUGUGAUUAUAUUGGAGGUACCCUCCUAGUCUCAUUGUUUAUGUAUACGUACCUCUGCUUAGGAGCAUUGCAGUAAAUUGCAGGUUACACCCAACAUUAAUUUCCAUUUUGCUUGUUUUAAAUACUGUAAGUAAUAAGCACUUGCUUAAACAUGCACACAGGCAUUAGGGUUAAUUGAUAUGCAAUAGCUUUUUAUUUAUUGAUGAUGUUUUUUUCAGUUUUUUAUUUCUGAAUUUUAUUUUGUUAGUAGAAAAGAUGUGAAAGUUCAAAAACUGUGAUAGCUUCCCUGUUCUUGGAUUAGAAAAUUUGUUAUCAGUAUAUGUACUGUAAUGUUUUUCACAUUCUUUAAUGAGAGCCUACAUAUAUACUAUAACUAUGACACUUGAAUUCGUAUGAAUUUUUUUAGUACUGUACUGCAUUUUUACAAAUGCUUGUAAUCGGUCCAGAUAUUUCUUGCAUUCAUUUUAUAAAUAAUUGCCCAUUUGAGUAGCUUGGUCUGAUGAGAGAUAGUGUAAUGUAGAAUUUGUGUCCUAAAGGAUUUAUUAACAGUUAUUACCUCGAUAAGUAGUGACUAUAUGUUUCAUAUAUAUUUGUAUUAUCAUCAAAUAGUGGCUAUUUGUUUCAUAUAUAUUUGUAUUAUUAUCAAAUAGUGACUGUAUGUUUCAUAUAUAUUUGUAUUAUUAUCAAACAUGUUAUGUUUAUGUAUUCUCUUCACACCAAGUUAGGCAGACAGAGAAGUUAGUCAGGUUGCUUCCUGAUCUGGUUUAGUUUUAGGUGAACGUGCAAAUGCUUUUCACUUGGCUUUCCACCCUUCAUACUGUUUUCUUAUUUCUGUUUCAAGGUGAAUCUUCUAAAGACUGUAUUCUGACAUGUUUCUUGUUCAGAACAGUAUGUACAGUGCUUUGUUUUACACAAGUACUCAGUCCUCAUUAAGAUGAUGUAUAAAUGAGUAAACAUUUUCACUUUAUUGAAGAAGAGUUUGUGAAUUUUGUUGUUAUAGUCUGGUUUUACUCAUCCUGAUUUUUGCUGUACAUAUUAUGCACUAUUACAGUGCUGUAUAUCCCUUUAAAUUUAAUCUGCAGAUAAGGUAGAGGAUGUUUUUAAAAAUUAAAUGUUUUAGUUAAAUGUUUUAUUUCUUGCUUUCUAUUUUUCUCUAGUAUUUCAUAGCUAAACUGGAGUAAAGUACUACUGUACUUAGUUAUGCAAUUCAGUGUUUGUGCCUUGGUAACGGCAACAUUAAAGGCCCAUCCGAACUCUGUUCGAUGUGACGUCAGAAGCGGAGAAAAAGUGGAUAAGGUUCUGACUUUUCCCACUUCUGACCUCACACCAAGCAAAGUUCACCGGGCAAAGCUCGACCGUGUGGACAGGGCUUAAGCUGCAUAAUAACUUCAUGCCCUACCUGAACAAACAUGCAACUAUAGCAUUUUUGUGUUUGUCACGAACCAACUGCAACAUUUCUUCCUAUUGCCUUUGUUCAUGUAUGUGCAAAGAAACAAAGGUGCAUACUUCUAUAAAGUUUUAGAAGGUGGUGUCUUUGUUCCUGUUUUAUUUGAGACAUCCUCCCAGUUUUGCUGUGACAACCAAGUACAUAGCUAGUUUAAGAGAAGCCCUUCCAUCUGCUAUUUUUUAUCACAUUGCUAGUUGGAGUAAGCACAGGGAUAGUCCUUUGCUUUCAUCAUAAAGAUAGAGAAAUAAGUUCACCUUUUAUCAGCUUCAUCUGAACUCUUUGACUGCUACUAUGCUGAGCAGUUAAGGAUUUUAGAUUCAGCAGCUGAUAUACCUUUGUAGUUUUUGGGGGUUGCCCUCAGUUGGCUGGAAACUACAAGCACGACUCAAGUGGGUUGUUUGAAACGAUAAUAUUACAUAACCAUCAAUAUUGCCUCCAAUUCUGAGAGAGGUAAAGGGCUUCAAAUAUUGAUAGUAAAGAUAUUUGUCCAGGAAACAUUUUUGGUGCUUCCAUUGUAUCUGAUUACAUAAUACAUAGUUAUUUCAGUCUAACGGCAUAUAACAUAAGUUUUUAAUGAUUUCAUCUUGGACUAAACCUCCUCCUCCUUCCCAGCUUUAACCCAUUUUUAUGUGGGGUCACUGUUAUGAAUGAGUCGUUUCCAUUGAUUUCUGUCCUGUGCAUUGUUCUCGUCGUCAAACAUAUUUGUCUAGGAAACAUUUUUGGUGCUUCCAUUGUAUCUGAUUAACACAGUUAUUGCAGUCUAACAGCAUAUAACAUAAGUUUUUAAUUACUUCAUCUAUUUAUUUCUGUCCUCUGAAUGUUCUCGUCAUCUUGGACUACCAUCUGUUGGAAUCUGCAUACUCCCAGAAUGAGGGUCACUACGUGUGCUUGGUCUGGUACAGAGGAGUUGGAGCAAUUAGCCAUUAUGGAAGAUAGGUGGGCAAUUGAGUAAUGAAGAAAGACAACCUAGUUCAGCUCAGAAACUGAAGAAAUUUUGUGAAGCCUUAUCAUGCGUCUUCUUGGUUGGAUGAUGAUCAAUGGACACAGUUUUUAAAGCAGAAAUAUAAUCAAUCAAGUUCUAUAUGUAUCUGGGCAAGUUCACUCACCAGACCUACCUUCUGGCGGUAACAACAAGGGAAUGGCUUGCUACUCUGAAGCAUGCUAUCUCACAAAUGUUGCCCACUACCUGACUUGCUGUAUUGGUCUGUCUUUCUCUGGCCUUUGGCCUUUUCACCUGCAAUGCUCACCCUGCCUAGCACUCUGGACUGCUGCACUUUUAAAGCCUGCUUCUACUAGUAUCCUCUUUCAGUUCCUCUCCUUCCAGUGCUGUUUCCUUCAUGCACUUUUCUGAAUUUGGCUUAUUUUCAGGAAAAUAUUUUAAACACAUGUUUAAUACAGCAUCAAUAUCGUAAUAGUUUCAAUGUUCAGUUUUUAGCCUUUUAUUUCCAUCUGCUCUUGCUUCUUCAUUAACAGUAUGUACAAGUAGUAGUUUUAAGUAUGUUGAGGGGGUCCACUGCUCCACACAAUUGCUCCUACAAAUUCUCCUUUGCCUGCAAUGCCCACUAUCGUGGUUGUUCAAUCAAAUUUGACACUUCCCGCUUCUGAUGUCACAUCGGGUGAAGUCCGUCAGGCAAAGCUCAACUGUGUGGACGGGGCUUAACUGACAUUGUCCUAUCAGACUCUCGAGUCUUGGGUGAUGCGGUCAUCGGUGCUUCAUUUGUUUGUACUACUCUUCAUUCUACCUUUGUCUCUGCUUAUUUACUAUUGAUAUAAAAUUACUUCCAUUACAUCCACAGUAGCGAUGGCUUUGUUGAUGUAAUAAAUUCAGGCUCCUCUAUUCCUAUUUAGAUUUUAGAUUCAGCUCCUCCUCCUGGUGCUUAUGUUUUCAUAUCAUAAUCAUCUCUGAUACCCAUUUUUUGUGUAUCAAUGAUCCAUCUGUUAAACCAAUAUGUGUUGGUGAUUUGUUUUCUUUGGCAUCCUUACUUGCUCAAACUAAGUCAGGGGCCACUCUUUUGCACCCACUUUAUCCUAGAGUAAUUGCAUAAUUAAUUAGUGUGUCUUAAACUCAACUAUUUUGACUUAGGCAUUUCAAUUUCUAUAAAUUCAGGUGCAGCUCUUGUGCCCCUGUAUGAGACAAGCCCUCUGUGGAUGGUGCUUCUGGAGCUACUGUUCCAAUUAGUCUUCUGAUUCACCCUCUUGGAGUUUAAUGGAAACAUGUCAGUAGAUAAUGCAGAAGCCAAGAUGCCAUCUUCUAACACUAAAUAGAAGUAUACAGCUUUGUUAAUCUGCACAGUCAUGCAUAAAGGGCAAUAGGAAGAAAUUUUGUUCCGUAUUGAUGAAACAAAAACAUGUGACAUAUAUUUGAUUCAGAUUUUUUUUUAUUGAGUUAAUAUAAUUGAAAAAUAAAAUGAAUUUGCAGCUUUUUUUUUCUUUAGAUAUAGAUAGUUUGAUGAUGUUAUCAUUUGGAGAUGUAUUUAACAAGUUGUCAUUUGUUCAUCACAGCCCUAUAAGUGAUAUUUAACUCAUCAUCACAGUCUCCUAUAUUCCUCAUGAUAAUGGGUUGAGUAUUAUCAAUGGGAUUGUAGAAAAAAUAAACUAUUACUUAUAAGAAGUUUUUGAAUUACUGUGUUAUAUUUCUUCUAUGAAGAAGUAGUUUUGGCUUUUGUUAUCUUUAUGACCAUGUGAUGUUUGUGAAUAUUUUAUUUUCAUUAUGCAAUGUUUCCUUAGAAUUAUUUUACCUUUUGUUGUAUGACUUUGGUAAAUAAGAAAUGUUGAAACAAGGAUAGGAAGAACAGUUAGAGAAUAAUGAUAAGAAGGGUAAUAAUGAAGGAAUAGUGAUAUUAAGUAGAAGAACAGAGCAACAAAUAUUACUAUAACAUGAGACAAGGAUAAAGUUAACAAAAAUAUUUGAAUAAUUUAGGGAACCUCUCAGCCUUUACAUAAUAUUUGAGGAUUUUGGAAAUUCAGGAACAGUAAUGGAUUCAAGAUGGGUGAAGUGGGGUUUAUACCACUGCUUUUCCAUUAUCAUGUUUGCUUUCUUAGCCAAAAGGACAAUAUACAGUGCUUGCAUAUACAUAAUGGGUGUUCAUCAGUUAAGAAAAAAUCAAUAGUGAUCAUCUGUAAAGAUGAAAUAUAUAUGAAAAUUACAUUCAAAACAGUAUUACAGGCCUUGCAAAAACAAUCUUCCAUGGGAAGAAUUGCCAUGUACACCAUAAUCAGAUCUUUAACCAUGCCACAUCUAGAUUAUAUAGGCCUUUCAUACAAAGAGUAAAGUUUCUACAUUUAAGGUUUACAGCCUUUGAUUUUUAUUGUUCUACUCAAAUAUUUUAAAUGAUGGUAUUAACCUGUUCUUUAUAUAACUACUUUUGUACUUUUUAGAAAUUGUUAACUAGCUGUUAAUGAAUUUGGAAACGUUGCAUAAAAGAGAAAAUGAGAAAUAAUAUGUGCAAGUACUUUAUACACAUGUGGUAAUGCAAUUCUGAGUAGACUGGAAGGUUUUAGAGAUUAUGAAUGGUUUGAUGAAUUGACAUGUAGGGGAAUAGGUCUUUAAUUUAUUUUCAAAAAUUCUGUUUGAGUCAUUAACCAAGUAAUUAACAUGUUGUGAGAGUAAGAAAAA